AUGAGUUACUUAUAUAAUCAAAUCGUAUUAUUUGGUGAUUCUAUUACUCAGUUUAGCCAUAAUACGGAUAAUAAAGGAUGGGGUGCCGCGCUUCAGAAUUUAUAUGUCAGAAAAUUGGACGUUUUAAAUCGAGGCUUUUCAGGUUAUAACACUGAAAAUGCCAAGAAAUUACUGCUUCAUAUAUUACCAAAGAAAAACAAUUCGAUAAAAAGCCCAAAAAUAUAUUUAUUUACUAUAUUUUUUGGAGCGAAUGAUGCAGCCAUUUCACCAUCAAAUCAAUAUGUUCCCCUUGUUAAAUAUAAAGAAAAUCUUAGACAAAUGAUUAAAAUCAUUAAGGAUUCCGAUUCACCUUAUUAUUCUCCUGAUACAAGAAUUUUACUUAUAGCUCCUCCUCCAUUAUUUGAAAAAGAUUGGGAAAAAUUUCAAGAACGUGAAGGCAAGAUAUUACCUAGGAAAUUAGAAACUACUGCUAAAUAUGCUCAAACUUGUGUUGAUUUAGCAAAUGAACUAAAUAUUCCCGUACUAAAUGCUUGGAAAUUGUUUAUGGAUAAAUCAACUAAAACAUUAACUGAAAAUAAUCACUCUUUAAGUGAUUUCUUCGUUGAUGGGUUACAUCUAUCCAAUCUUGGAAAUGAAGUAAGUAAAGUAUUUUCAAAAUCAUUUUAUGUUCGCGUAUCUUAUUAA